UUGAUGCUUUCACUUUUUGAAAGGAUUAGAUGUUUCUGCAUUAUGUAUUAGUGACGUAAUGGUGUAUAAAGUGGUAAUAAAGUUUUACUUUUGCAUUGUAGAAUAUGAAUCUGUCUCUAAAACUAAUUAUAUUUGAACAGGCAUGUGCUGGACCUACAACAUGGGUGAGCUACUGGGAGAAGGAGGAUUUGGUGCCGUAUAUGCUGGUGUCCGUGCCCAUGAUGGUCUUCCGGUGGCAAUCAAGUUUGCCAAAAAAAUGGAGGGCAUGGAAUAUCUCUACGUUCCUGGCCUUCCAGAACUUGUACCACUUGAAAUCGGCCUUACACUUAUGGCAAACAAGGGUCCCAGCUCACCCAACAUAAUAGAUCUGCUGGAUUGGCAGGACUUUCCAGACCAUUAUAUAAUGGUCCUGCAGCGCCCUUCACCAUGCCUGAGUGUGUUCAAGCUGUUGGAGAGCUGUGGCAACAUCUUUGAAGAAAGGUUUGCUCGGUAUGUGAUGCGCCAGGUUAUCGAGGCAGCUGAGACCUGCUGCCGGCGCGGAGUAUUCCACAGAGAUAUAAAAUUGGAGAACUUGAUCAUCAACACACACACCAUGGAUGUCACAUUGAUUGACUUCGGCUGUGGGAACCUGUUCCAUGAAACAGAGUACCACACUUUUAGUGGUAUGUACAGUAUUAAAACUUUAGUGUCAUGACACACAAGCUGCUGAAUACAGUAAAAACAAACUGUUGUAACUCAGACAUGCAAAUCUCUUUCCUCCAGGCACAGAGAUGUACUGCCCUCCAGAGUUUUUCGGAACGGGCAAAUACUUAGCACGGCCAGCAACCGUGUAUUCGCUUGGAGUGCUGCUAUACACUAUGGUGUGCGGAUAUAUGCCAGUCUACACGGAUCGGGAAAAGAUGCAGCACUGGCUAUGGUAUCUGCCGUCCUUGUCGUGUGGUAAGAACUUGAAAAAAUUGUAACAAUCAUACAAAAAAGUGUCUUACAAAGCCACUUGGCUCAGCUGUCCAAAAUGCCAUCAGGAGAUGUAAAGGAUGUUUAAAGUAAUAGUCAAACAUUAAUCCUGUCUUUCAGAAUGCAGUCAUCUCAUAAAUGCCUGUCUGCAUCCCGAUCCCAGCGAGAGGAUACAACUGGAGCAGAUCCUCCUCCACGACUGGUUUACGGUACCUAUGAUCUACAAAAACUUUUCAAAAUGUCAGUUUUUUGGGGACAAUAAACCUGA